AUGGCAUCGAUAAUUUCUAUUGAUCAAUUAAAGUCUGGAGGAAGGCGACCGGAAAAAAGUAUUCCAUCAACAUUUUGUCUAUCCUUGAGACAACAUGCUUGGAUACCGAUUGAGGGUGGUCAAUUAGCUAAACCAGAUGAUGUAUAUUGUUUACAUCCGAAGAGUGAAACAUUAUUCUUUCAUCGCUAUGUACCACAUUUGGAUCAAGCAAAACUAUCAUUGAACAAUCGAGACUUUAUAUUGAACACACUUGGACUUAAAGAGCAUGUGCUACCUAUGACCAUAGUACCUUGUACUGUACCAGCUACAUUUUGUCAAUCGUGUAACGAUACCAUUGAUAAUAUUCGUCGUAUCUAUCAUUUUCUUAUCACUGACAACGACACUUUCAAACUUCUAGCGCGUUUUCGCUUUUGGCCACUUGUUUUUGUACCACGAAACAAUAGCAGAGGUGGAGGUGACUUCUUAUUUCCUCGUCAAGUUUAUUGGUAUGAUUCAACAUUAUUGUUGUCAAAUCUGGAUAACAUCACUAUGCCGAAUUCAGAUCGUCGUAUUUCUAUUCAACGAUACUAUGGCAAUGAUGUUAAAUUACAAAAAUUUUUUCUUGAAAUACUUCAAAUCACAUUUGAACCUACUAUUGAUGAUUAUCUUCCAUUGUUGACACAGAUAACAAACAUAAAUGAUAUCUGGCGACUUAGUGAAGUAAUCAUACGAUUAGCAUUUCAGCAAAAUCGACAGAUUGAAGUAAAAGGUAAUUAUCGUACACUUAUUAAUGAAGGCGAACGAGGCUUAAUAAAUCAACGCAAUAGUAUAUCUAUUCAAGAACAUAAUUAUAGAUGGAUACUUCCGAAUGUGUAUUUGACUCUGUUAUCACCACCACCAAAAGAAGAAAUUCCUUUGAAUGACGAACCGAUUGACAUAUCGACUGAGAUGAUUGAAGAACUAAUGAAUGAAUCUUUGCCUGAACGAAAGCUUCGAUCCCGAAUAACAACAGAAAAAGACGAGGAGAAGAAUCCGACUUGUUUUCCUGUUAAAGCUAACACUAUUGAGUCGACCGAAUUUUCAAAUACAAAAUCUCAUCCAACAGAGCAAAGACAAUCAACAGAUUCAUCAAAAUUUUCAAAUUCUAAUCACUCAUCUUCGUCCGGUUCGACCUCACAAGUAUCAAGAAAAUCAGAGAGCAGCCAUAACAAGACUGUCGAGUCAACCGAAGAAUCGACUCAUACUGUUGAAUUCCAUGCUGGUACUAUUGCCUGUUCAAGUUCUACUGUGAUCGAAGUAGCCACAUUUCAACAUAUUCAAAUCUCAACUCUAACUGGUUCAAAUCUCUAUCCAUUGUCACCAUCUUCAAUUACAAUUAAUCCGACUAGUAACAUGGUCGAUAAUACUAUUGGUCGUCAAGGUGAAGAACUCGUUUUUCGUUUUCUACAAUGGAAACAUCCAAAUAAACAUGUCGAAUGGAUGAAUGCUAAACAAGAAUCAGGUCUUCCAUAUGAUCUUCAAAUUAGAACAAAUAAUGAGAUUGAAAUGAUUGAAGUGAAAACGACACGGAUCCAUGAUCAACAUACGUUUCAAAUAUCGAUCAGUGAAAUUGAAUGUCUACUUAAAAAUCCAAUGCAUUAUCAUAUUUAUCGAGUGUACUAUUCCGACGACCCUGACUCGACGAAAAUUACAAUACUCAGCCAAGUGAAAUAUCAUUUGGAAGAGAAACAGCUUGCACUUUGUAUGACCAUGAUGCAACGAGCCGAUGAACAGUGA